GAAAGUAGCAUCAUCACACUAUUGUUCACUACUCAAAAUUUUAAACAUAAUUAGAUUUCAAAUUUAACACCUGAUAACAAAUCCAUAUAUCGUUGGAAAUAUGGCUGCAUCAUCUUCCUCUACAUUUUCCUCAUCUUCCUUCAUAAUCUCUUGUGUUUUAUUACUCACUGCUUCUUCUUACUUGUCUUCGUCGGUAAUAGAAGCUCAAACCACACCUCCAUUAGUAAAGGGACUCUCAUGGAGUUUCUACAAAUCAAACUGUGCAAAUCUUGAAAAAAUUGUAAGAGACCAACUCAAGAUAGUUUUCAAGAAGGAUAUUGUUCAAGCUGCAGGAUUACUUCGUCUGCAUUUCCAUGACUGCUUUGUCCAGGGUUGUGAUGGCUCAGUGUUGUUGGACGGGUAUGCUAGUGGUCCAGGUGAGAAAUCGGCAGCACCAAAUCUGUCACUCCGAGCUGAAGCAUUUAGAAUCAUCAACGACCUCCGUGCCCGUGUUCACAAAGCCUGUGGCCGUGUAGUCUCCUGCUCUGAUAUCACUGCUCUUGCAGCUCGUGACGCUGUUUACCUGGUAAGUCCGGACUACAAAAUCCCACUGGGUAGGAAAGAUGGACUCAACUUUGCAACAACAGAAGCAACCGAGAAUAACCUCCCUGCUUUCUUCUCAAAUGCAAGUGUUCUCAUCUCUGAUCUAAAAGCCAAGAACCUCGACAUCACGGAUCUCGUCGCUCUAUCCGGUGGUCACACCAUUGGUAGAGCAGGUUGCACGUCCUUCACGGAACGUUUAUAUCCGACCCAAGACAAAACCAUGGACCCAAAAUUCGCAGCAAAUCUGAAAGGAACGUGCCCUAAAACUGACACUACCAACACCACUGUACUCGACAUUAUAACUCCAAAUGUGUUUGACAACAAGUACUACACUGAUCUGGUGAACAGACAAGGCCUAUUUACUUCCGAUCAAGAUCUGUUCGUAAAUACUAAGACCCGCCCGAUUGUGAAUAGCUUUGCUGCUAACCAGACUUUGUUUUUCGAGAAGUUUGUGUUUUCGAUGAUUAAGAUGGGCCAGUUAAGCGUGCUGACUGGUGCUCAAGGAGAGAUCAGGGCUAACUGCUCUGCCCGAAACCCGUCAAAACUCUCAUCAUCCUACUUGUCAUCUGUGGUUGACGAAGAAAUUAAUGGUGAAACUGAAGCUUUUUUUAGUGGGUAACGACUAAUCAAGUUUGAAUUGAUGUAUGCGAAAUUUUACUUAUGUAGUAAGCAGUUUGUUUCUUUGUUCCAUUUUGUUUUUACGUUGUUGGAGAUCAUAAAAAUAGUUUGGUCGGACAUUAAUAUAUAAGAUUAUCGUGCUGUUUGAUCUA